AUGGGCAACUUUGGCCAUGAGUCUCCGAAACAGCAUGUGGUAUGGUCAAACGAUGAGGGAAUGCUAGAGCUACUUCGUGAACGAGCUGGGUACAUGAGCGUGUCCUUGCCACCUCCAAAGGACAUCGUGGAGCUGGAUUAUGGCUUUUCAGAUGCUGAGAUUUUCCUGGAUAAGUGCACCAUGGUAGUGACCUCUGGUGAUGGCAUGCCUCUCCUGGGAAUUUGCGGAGACCCAUGCAAAGAAGUCUUUUGGCCAAGGGCUGGUUUUGGGGAGUGGAGAGGAGGGGCCACUAGAACAAUGAUAUUUAUGUCCCAAUUGAAGAUGGACUGCCUUUUCGUAACCUUAAGGCUUACCUGA